AUGGCUGGCCACCGCCCCUACACUCUCACUCCUUUGCCCGUGGGCGCAGAGGUGCACGGGAUUCAGCUGCAGCAGCCGCAGCCGGAUGAAGUGGUUCAACAAAUAAAGAGCGAUGUCACCAAGCACCGCCUGCUGGUGUUUCGAGACCAAGGCAUCAUGAGCGGCGAGCGGCAAGUGGAGAUCAGCAGCUGGUUUGGGGAGCUAGAAUCUACGUUUUACAAGCAUCCUUCCAGUCCGCACCCGGAUGUGUUCCGCGUGUCCAAUGAGCGAGCAGAGGGCUGCACAGAUGUGGGCAGGACCGGGUGGCACAUCGAUGGAUCUUUCCAGACCGCUCCGUUCAGCCACUCGCUUUACCACAUCGUGAGCUGCCCCACGCAGGGGGACACGGUGUUUGCGCCGCUGCACGAGAUCGUCGGCUCGCUGCCUGCGGAGCAGCGGGCCCGCUGGGACCGUCUAUGGAUGCUGAGCGACCGGCGGCACCGGCAGGCCAAGCCGCUGCUGUAUGAACAUCCGCUCUCGGGGCAGGACGCCAUGUGCUUCCACCUAGGCAUGACCGACGGUUUUGUGUGGGAUGUCGGCACGCAGCAGCAGCGGGUGGCGUCGGGGGCGGAGACGCGGGCGCUGCUGGAUGAGAUUCAUGGGGUCAUCACUAGCAGCUGCAGGCACCUGCUGUACUCGCACAAGUGGCGCCCCGGCGACUUCAUCAUCAGCGACAACCUGGCGCUGGGCCACGAGGCGGCGCCCGAGACGCAGCUGCCGCUGGAGCAGGUGGGACUGCGAAUCAUGCACCGAACAACAGUGAAGGGGCAGCACAUUCCCCGGAAGCGGCAGUUUCAGCGCGAGCUGCAAGAGCAGCAGCAGGCGGGAGCGGGAUAG